AUUUUUUUGCCUAUUUUUAUUCUGACUAAACAGAAGAAAUAAAAAACAAGUUUAGAGCGCUAUGUAUUUUUAUGCGCUAAUCUCAAAACCGCGGUCCACCCUUUUUUCAUUUCGCACAGCCUUUGGUUUUUAUCCACUUCUUUCUCCUCACCUGCUUUUUUCUAAUUACCUUUUUUCGCCUUUACAAUUUGCAACGACACAUUCGCAGACUGAUAAACGCUUGCGGCCGACACUGCGCAGGGGCAAUUUUAUAGUUGUUUUUCUCUCUUUUCUCACUUUUUCUCUCUUUAUUGCUUCUGACCAGGGGAAAACGCUUGCACACUUGCACGCUCACCUCACAUACACUCUCAGUUCGCCCAUUUCGCAAUUCAAACAUAGAAUCCAAACUAUUGGUACGUGCAACCAAUAAGCGUUGAAUCGAGUUUGGCUUGAAUUCGUUCACUCGGCCUGCUUAUUAUUUAAUGUGGCAAUGUGGUAGAAGCUUGCUUUUGCUCGCUGCCCGUGCUAUAACUGCUACUGCCACUACAGCCAGUGUUUCUCACACCCAAUGCUUU